AUGGUCGUGGGCCACCGACCCGUCGUCGCCGUCGUCGUCGCCGCCCUCGUCGGCGCGUGCGCCCUGGCGGUCCUGGGCCGCGGGGCGCGCCGGCAAGCCCAGGCGUCGCUCCGCGCGUCGGCCAUCGGCACGAACGUGCCCAUGUCGGCGAAGAAGGUGGCGAUGGUGGAGCUCAUCGCCCAGUUCGAGCUCGCCCAGGACUGCUUCGAGUCCAUGGCCUACGCCUACUGCGCCUACAGCGUCUGCACCGUGGCCGAGGAGAACCCGACGCACCCGACGGCGGAGCCGACGGCCGCGUACUGCUCCUGCGUCAUCGAGAACGGCGCGCCGGACAUCGACCUGAGCGUGGACACGGGCCUGGCCCAGUUCCUGUUGGACCGGUCCAACACGUUCGUGGCCGUCGUGGAGGGCGUCGCGUCCGGGAGCCUGUCCGUCGUCGCGGGCGCGAACCAGGGCAGGACAAGGGUGAUUCAACGCGCGAACCAGAUCUGCUCGUUGACCAAGGACGGCGGCCUCUUCCCGGAGCUCGGCGCCGACCUCGUGUCCUGGCCCGUGGGGCCGGACCCGUCGACGGCCGCCGCGUCCCAGUUCGUCGCCCGCGCGGAGACGCUCUGCGCGGAGGUGACGAUGGUGACCUGUAUCGGCGCGCCCUGCUGGGUCGACUCGCGCGUCGACUCGCUCAACGCGACGUGCCUCUGCGCGCUGCUCCCGAAGCGGCGCGACGUCUACAUCGCGCCGUCCUACGGGUUCCUGGACCACGUCACGUCGGCCGUCGGCGGCGGCGGCGACCAGUGCGACCUCUUCACGGGCUCGUCGACGUGCGCGGUCAACGGCGACUCGCUCAUGGCCACGUGGCUCGCGGCGCCCCAGCUCACGGCCGAGGACUCGAACAGGUUGGCCGCGGCCGCGCUCGACUCCUACGACACGCUCGCGGUCCGCGCGGGCUCGAGCGCGUUCCCGUGCCGGGGGCUCGUCGAGGCGUCGCUGCCCUACGACGACGACCCCACCCACGACGACGGCGACGUCGACGACGGCGGACGACGGCUCUACGACGACCUCGUCGACGACGGCGCGGCCGGCCUGGACGACCCCGCGGACGACGGCGCGGCCGGCCUGGACGACCCCGCGGACGACGGCGCGGCCGGCCUGGACGACCCGGGCCUCGUCGACGACGGCGCGCUGCCUUAG